AUGAACGCUCUUCGCUCCGCUACCGCUUCACUAUCCUCGCGUACAUUAACGCAUUCGGCACGACCGACUGCCUCGAGAGCGCUUAGGAGACCCGCUGCACCGGCGAUGCGCUGGUAUUCAGAGUCGGCCACAGAAAAGCCCUCAGACGCCAGCAAGCUUUCGGGAGAGGCCUCCGAGGCUUCCAAGUCCGAGGGGGACACGUCGUCAGAGUUGGAGGCAGAGUUGAAGGCAAAGGCAGCUGAGGUUGUAGACAUCACGAGCCGUCUACGCUACUUGCAGGCCGACUUCUUGAAUUUACAGCGUAACGCUGCGCGGGAGAAGGAGCAAACCCGCGACUUUGCCAUCACGCGCUUCGCCAGCGAUCUCCUUGAGACUGUCGAUGUUCUGGCGCUUGCUCUCAAGUCCGUCCCGGCCGAGCUCGUAAACCCGCCAGAAGCCAACGCGUCUUCGUCGCCGAGCACUUCGGCCAAUGCCGACAAGACACCCACCGACCACCUACGCGACCUCUACAACGGUGUCGAGCUCACACACCGGCAGCUACUCCAGACGCUGUUCAAGUACCACGUAAAACCAUUCGAUCCCACCGGUGACAAGUUCGAUCCGAAUAUGCACGAAGCUCUCUAUCAAGCACCCGUUCCCGGCACGGAGGCAGGCACCGUCCUCGACUGUCAGAAGAUUGGGUUCACCAUCAAGGACCGCCUGCUUCGUGCAGCGCAAGUUGGUGUCGCACAGGAGACCUCAUGA